UUCUUGUUAAUUUCAUUUCAUUACUGGGAAAAUUAAAUUUUUUUUUUUCCUUUUAAUAGAAAAAUAAGAGAAAAAUGACAACUGCUGCACUGACCUCCACAGCAACAGUUGGUGGUGGACGUUUCAAUUUCUGCGGGAGUAGUGCUUCUUCGUCUUCGUAUUAUUGUUAUUAUUAUAAUCCUCCUCCCCAAAGAAGAAGAAGACGGCGACGACGCCUAGUUGCUUCCUCCUCCUCAUCGUCGCCUGAUCCUCUUGGAAAUGAUAACGAUAAAAACAAAAAACAGCAACAGAUUGAUGAUGAGGAUGAUGAUGAAAAUCAGAUGUCAGUCUCUGUUAUCAAGAAGAGGCUUGUUGAUGCAAAUCCUGUUGGAUUAGGAAGACGGUCCAGGCAAUUAUUCGACGAGGCAUGGCGCAAGUUUUCAGAAUUGGGGCAAAUCUCUAGAACCACCCUUACCAACGACGAUAUUCUUCUUAUUCGGCAAGGGGGCCCUAUGUGCGAAUUUGCAAUCCCUGGGGCUCAGAACACUACUGUUCUCGUUGUCGGUGCUACCAGCCGUGUUGGUCGUAUUGUUGUACGCAAGCUUAUGCUCAGGGGAUAUUCUGUCAAGGCUCUAGUAAGGAAUGCAGAACAAGAUGUUGUGGACAUGCUUCCAACUUCUGUUAAGAUUGUGAUCGGUGAUGUCGGGGAUCCUGCCACCCUUAGAGUUGCUGUACAAGGCUGCAACAAGAUUAUCUAUUGUGCCACUGCUAGAUCAUCUAUAACUGUGGAUCUCAACAGAGUUGAUUAUCAGGGUGUAUACAACCUCAGCAAAGCCUUCCAGGACUACAACAAUAAGCUAGCUCAGUUGCGAGCUGGAAAAAGCAGCAAAAGCAAACUUACACUUGCAAAGUUCAAGUCUGCAGAUUCCUUGAACGGAUGGGAGGUUCGCAAGGGCACUUAUUUUCAGGAUGCAGUUGCUGCUAAAUAUGACGGAGGAAUGGAUGCUAAAUUUGAGUUCAGCGAGAGUGGAGAUGCAAUUUUCUCAGGUUAUGUUUUUACACGUGGAGGAUAUGUGGAACUGUCAACUAAACUAUCACUUCCUCUUGGCAGCACAUUGGAUAGGUAUGAAGGUCUCGUGCUUUCUAUAGGAGGGAAUGGAAGGUCAUAUGUCUUAAUUGUUGAGUCCGCUUCUUCAGCAGACACAAGCCAGAGCAAUCUGUACUUUUCUAGAAUUAGUACAAAAGUAGGGUUUUGCAGGGUAAGAGUACCGUUUAGUUCGUUUCGGGCAGUGAAUCCCGCUGAUCCACCAUUGGAUCCGUUCCAUAUACACACCCUGACCAUACGCUUCGAACCUAGAAGACAGGUUUAUUUUCCAUUCAAUGUCAGAUGACUCAUAAAAGCCAUGAUAUCCUACAUAUUAUAAAAGUUAUCUCAUUCUUACAUUUGGUAUAUGAAUUCAAAAGUUAUGAUGGUAAUAAGGAGUUAAGAUA